CUUUGCGGCUUGUGGCUAAUUGUGGUUAGCUUGAACGUGAUUUGUUUUCUUGCCUCCAACAGUUAUAAGAGAAAGUUGUAAAUAAACACAAAUUUAUGCUUAUACGUGUCUACCUAAACAUAUAUCUGUUAACAAGAAGUAGCUUGUUAGUCUAUUGUGGGUCUGAUAAUAGUAAUAAUAUUAUAGUGUAGUGAAAUAGUAAAAUGAAUACGAAUAAUACUAAAUCUCGUAUUAAAAAUGAUCACAUCGUGACUGUACUGGUUUGUGCCAUAGCGAUACCUCUGUCGAUGUCUUUAUGGAUAAUUAAUUUAAUAUAUACUAAAUAUAUUGCUAAGAACGCAGGAUUUGAUGAGCCUGUGGUCAUAUCUCCUGCUCGCUGGCUAGCGGCAUGUUUCAUCCCUAUUAUGAUAGCCUUCUACGGCUACAGAAAAAAAAGUCUCAACCUCAGCGGAGCUUUAUUAGGAUUCUUCGUAGGAUUUGUGUUAACACUCAGCAAUUUUUGCUUCCUAGCAACAUUGUUUACAUUCUUUAUAUCUUCAUCUAAAGCAACGAAAUUUAGGCCACACUUAAAAAGGAAAAUUGAAGAGGAUUUCAAAGAAGGUGGCCAAAGAAACUGGAUCCAAGUUUUGUGCAAUGGUGGCAUGGCGACACAGCUUGGGAUACUUUACCUGAUGGAUGUUGGGGCUUCUGAGAAACCUAUAGAUUUCCUAAACUAUUAUAGAGCAUCUUGGCUGUCUAUGGGAAUCCUUGGUGUAUUUUCCUGCUGCAACGGCGACACAUGGGCCUCCGAACUAGGCACCGUCUUAUCCAAAUCCGAGCCCUUCCUAAUAACUUCCCUAAAACGGGUUCCACCCGGCACCAACGGCGGCGUUACUAUCAUUGGCACCUUAUGUAGUAUUAUUGGUGGAACCGUCAUUGGAAUAUCGCAGUGUUUGGCAAUUUUAUAUUUCUCGGACAAGGCAGCGUGGGAUAACGCGCCGCCUCAAUGGCCUAUCAUUUUAUUUGGAGCCCUAGCGGGAUUUCUGGGCAGCUUAAUUGAUUCCCUUAUGGGGGCAACUUUGCAGUACUCGGGGUUAGACAAAGAAGGCAAGAUUGUAUCACACUCUUCCAAAACAGUGAAGCAUAUCAGCGGUAGAAAUAUUCUGGACAACCACAGUGUUAACCUUAUAACUACCGUGAUCAUGGGACUACUUAUGCCUACUAUAAGUAAAACUUUUUGGCCAAUCAUAUGAUGUAAAUAAGACUGACAUAUAAGAUAAGAUCAGCAGAGAACGCAAUUUCAGACUAAAAACAUUAAUUGAAUUAUAAAGGCCUUUUCUCACGAACUGAUUUGAGAUUUGUGCCUAAAAUAGACAAGCAAGUUACAGUGCCGGGCUAUAACCGGUGUGUAUGUGUAAGGAUUUUCGUUUUAGGCCCCUGUUAUAAACAUUUCUGACAUAGGUACUUGAAACUUCUUGCCACGAUAACAUCAUACAAUAAAAGUUCAUAUGUUAUUCUAUAUCACUUUUAUGGCUUAUACUUAUAUUUGAGUAAUGUGGCAAAGAGUCGAAGAUGUAAGUCCACAGUUUUGGAAGACGGACUGUAUUUAGAUUUUUUCAUGGAGAAAUUUAACUUAGGAAGCAGCUAUAUGCGACUAUUUUUUAUGAGUCAAAAAUCGAGUCAUUGUUUUUAGGAUUAAUAACAGUAAGUUUUAAAGGUAACUGGACUUUUUUAAUUAUCCAAUGUACAUAACGUAAAAUAAUAUUAGAUUGGUUUUAAUGAAUUAACUGUGUAUGAUAUCUUUUUUAUUUUUGAAUUAAGUCUUAAAUAAAUAGGGGAUUAAUUGCGAGGACGGCAGUAAUUCUUUUUUUUUAUAAUGUUCCUCAGGUUUUAUGCAGAGCCUCUAUACUAAAACGAUACCAUACAUAAAAUUAUUCAUUUUGAGUGUUAUAUCAGAACUCAAAAUACAUAGUUUCAAUUUCUAAAAUAAACAAGUACAGCUUGGCAAAAAAAUAUUAUUAUUAGAAAUAUUACAAUCGCUUUCAAAUCGAUUUACGGGUGAAAACGGGACAAUACUAGAAUGUUGCCACUUUUUAAUUUCAUUUCUUAUUAUGCCAAAAUAUUUAGUGGUUGUUGUUUGUCUGUCCGUCCAUUUUAUAAUUUAAUUUAAGUUUCAUAAAGUGUUUAUAUACUUCUUAGCAUACUGCCAACACGGUUUUUUGGUAGGUUAUAUGGAAAUAUUAAUUAAUUCUCACUCGACGGUCAAAUGUAAUGUUUUGUAAUUUGUAUAUGUUAGUACUUAAUAUAAUAAUAUGAGUGAAGAUCGUGUUAGUUUAAAUCAAUAUAUAAUUAUAUUUGUUGGGUACCUAGUAUGUUUUUAUGUUGUCAAUAAAGUUGUAACAUUAGGUGUUAAUAUGUUAUAAUUAUGUUCUAAUAAAAAUAAUACUUAU